GGACAGACUACAUUGAAUAGAUCCGUACCACACAGCAAAACCAUUCAGGCACAUAUUUUCUUUUUUUAUAAAAAAGGAAGAAAAGAUGUUUGGAAUACUGGCAUCAUCAGUUAUUGGCUUAAUGUUGCAAGGUUGUCUUUGCACAGAAUGGUCCAUCCAGAUGCCUGAAAACAUCACUGCCAUCAGUGGGUCUUGUAUUGUGAUCCCCUGCACUUUCUCAUUCCCUGCAAAGUACAAUACAGAGGUCAAUGCUUCAUCAGCGUUGUGGACAAGGGCCACGAUUGGUGGCCCUGUAGUGCUUCGGUCCGAUAAGAGCUUGGCCACUGGCUUUGAGGGAGAGAUUGUGGGGGACUUCAAGAACAGGAACUGCACCACCGUCUUCACAAAGCUCCCUCUGAGAUUCAGUGAGCCAUUACUUUUCAGAGUAGAGGGGCCUUCUGAGAUGAAAUACACAUAUGCUAAAGAGCUGUUCAUCAGCUUUCAGAGAGAGCGCCCCCCUCACCCUGUGCUGAGCCUGAGCCCCUCAGGUGGGGUGAGAACAGGAAGGACGCUGACCCCCACCAGUUUAUAUAUUGUAUUAAGUGUUAGUAUAAUUUGUGUGGACUCUGAGCAGGGUGUCAUGUUUGUGAUGGCCACCCUGAGUUUUACUGUGAUGCCCCGUCAUCAUGGUCAAAAUGUCACCUGUGAAGCCAUAUACCCCCGGAAAUAUGGAGCCAAAAGCCAUGGAGUGGAGAGCCAGACCCUCAACAUUCUGUACCAGGGUAAUGAUGAGCCCCCCGAGCCUGGUCCAGUAGGAACGCUGGUGACACUACACUGCCUCAGUGAGGCCAAUCCCCCAGUGAACACCUAUAACUGGUACGCCGGUAGUGCCAAUGGACAGCUGAUUCUGAGGGCCUCAGGCCAAGAGCAGGCUCUCCACCUUUGCUGCAAGGGUCUGUAUGUCUAUCAGGCCAUCGCCCUGUGGGGACAGGAGAAGUCUGCUGUGGUCGCAUUGGAGGUUGAGGAUGGCAGUGAAGGCCAGCAGUGCUCCGUGGUGCCAUAUGUUAUCUGUGGAGUUCUGGCUUGUCUGUAUGUCCUCAAUGUUGUGGUGGAUGUCUACAGAUACAAAAGAUUGACUACUUUGAGGACCCGAGAGGAACCUCAAGGGCCAUAUGCAACCCUUUCCUUACCAAACACCUCUCCUGGUUACGAGCAGAUUAAGCGAAACAUCAAGAGCAUGCCUGGUUCAGAAAGCACAAGUGAGGAUUAUCAAAAUGGACCCACGCAGAGAAGACAGAGACCAGCAUAAUGCUUUCCGACUGUUACAUCAAAUAGCAGGAGAAUUUCCAAAAUCUGUAGAUUUUCGACCAAUGAAGAAUAUGUAUUUUUUAACAGCAAUAGUCUCAGUAAUUAGCUGAAGAUUGAGUGCAUGCUUAAAACAAAGUCUUUCCAUGCUGACAACUGCUGUUUAAAUGGCUCCAUAUUAAUAAGUGCAUGAAA